AUGUUCAGCUCUACAAUACGACGGGCGUUAGCUGUGGGCCAACCUAUUCACUCAUCCUUCAAAGAUCCUUCAGAUUCUUCUUUGUCAAACGUAACCGACAGCUCCGAAAUCUAUGAUUUUCUUACUACGGGGAUACCUGUUUCCUUGUCGGCUCUCCCUACCGGGGGCUUAUCCGAGGGAUCAGAAGCUCCAUCGUUAAAGUCGGCAUCGUCCUCGAUCGUAUUAGAGAACAUCGAGACCUCGAAGAUCGCAGACACCGAGUUCGAGUCCGACUUACUGACUUCAGAGCAAUCAGAUCAAAGUGUAGACGAUUUUGACAUUAUUUCCGUAGCCGUCCCUCAAAUCGAAGAGGCAUCCUCUUGUGAAGUAGAGCUCGAACAAAUCCCUCCAUCCAAAACAAAUAGUCGAAGUUCUGCACCCUUGGCGAACGAAUUGGCCUGUGACCAAACAGUGGAGAAGGAACUUCCUGGCGACCAUGAUUCAACUUCAAUGGUCUCAUCUUCUCCCAUUACAUCGACUGAGUCAAUUAUGCCAGGCAGUUUUGUAGAUACCAAUUCCAUUCCCAACUCCAACAUGACUCCUCCUUUGACUAGUGAUGAGAAUGACCCCGCGCUCCCCUCCACCUCUGGUUCCAAAGGCUUGCAAACUACUCCAACUAAUCGAAUGAGGAAAGCUGACUCUAACGGCAAGGUACGGACACGAAAGAGCCCAUCAGCCUUUCCCACUUUUCUCCAUAGCAUUGCUGUGAGCAAUAUCAACGCCGACUUGUCAACACACCUGCCACAUACACAGCCUGAAGAUGCGGAGCCGGCGAAUACAAAACCACUAAAACGGGUUCCCAGCUCUUCACCUAUGUUGCAGCCCAUUUUUGAAUCCACUCCAUCCUCAUUCCCGUCAAUCCCCCAUGCCCCAUCUGUGUCAACUGGUAUGCGUGCACUCGACCCUACAUUUGCCAAAAAGAUGGAGGAAGCGGGACGACUACGGCGGUUACAAUCUUCAAGUAGUAUCAACCCAGCCAUUAGAAAGACUGCGUCCGCGUCAGAUACAUUAUCUGGCGAACCCGUUUCGCACCUUAAAUCGUAUUCCCAAGACGCUGAAUCAGAGGAAUCCAAGCUAAGAGACCUGCUCGACCGCACACUCCGCGAAUUGAAGGAUACCAGAGAGGAGGCCGAACGAGUCACAGCCCAGAUCACCUGGGAGAAAUCCCGGCUAGUCAAGGAGCUCAAGGCCAGCAACGAACACGUGCGCGUCCUUCUUGCAGAAAAUGAGGUUCAAAGGCAGACUAUUUCCAGUCUUCGUACAGAGGUGAAUAAUAGCGAGAUGGAACUUACUGCUAUCAAGCAGGAAAAACAGAAGUGGCAAGGCCAGUUGGAUGCUAUGCAUCACCGUGUGGCUCGCGCAGAACGUCGCGGGCGAUGGCUGGAUAAUUUGACCCAAUCAAAGGUAGAAUCUAGAAUGGAAGGGGCAUAUGGCCCCACUCGACGUAGUGCAAAGGCAGCUGCGUUGAAGACUGCAAGCGCUGAGGUUGUGGGCGCCGUCGUUGCCCUCAACGAGGAGAUACUCCAAACAGCAAAUCAGCUUGUGGAAUCAAUAGAACGAUCACAUAUUGUAGGGUCCAAUGCCAGUAUCUUGCGCUCAAAGGCGGUGGUUGGGGAGACGAUCACGAGGAUGAUGCAGCAGCAACAGAGCGGCAACUUAAGAUAUCUACUUGUACAGGUGGCCUUGGAGACCUUCAUGGUUCAUUGGUGUACACAAAUUAUUGAGGGGUCGUAUCCGAGACGCCAAUCAUUUGCGGACCUUCUGAUCGACCUGUCUUCGCAAACCUCAAACCCUAGUUCUGGUUAUGUCGUCACUUCGAGUACCGCCGUCCGUUGUGGCAAAAUCAACAUUUUGGAUAUGUCUACAAAUAUGACAAGUCAAUUCCGUACUUGGAUCACUGAGAUUGCUCAGGAUCUAUUCAAAAUUCUUUCAGCUGGUAGUCUCCGAAUGAAACUUACCAAGGGAGAUGUACUUACCUCUAAACUGCUGAUGCUUGUCAAGAUGGCGUACGACCUUCGCACUGCCCUGGCUGAGAAGGAUAUCUGCGGUGACCUCGAUAUUGCUGUCGUCAGUCUGGAUUACCCUUUCCAGGGGAAGUGGAUGGAGGAAGCGCAUUGCGAUACAAUGCGAAACAAGAAGGCUUCGCCUGCCAGUGGAGCAACGGCAGAACAGGGACUCGUUGCUGCUAUCAGUGGCUUUGGGCUGCAACGUUCGCCAGCUGAUGCUAAUGGAAAGGCUUCGACUUCAGACCCGGAUAUGAUUUUGAAACCCAAGGUAGUGCUUGCUCAUGUACUCGAGAAGAGUCUAUAG